AUGCCUAUGGACGAGCGCUCGGGUGAGCGGAGGAACGCGGAGCGGCAACACAGGCGGACGCGCUCUCGGUCCGUAACCCGCACCCGGUCACGGUCGCCCAGACGGCAUCGGGAUGAGGGUAGGCGGAGGUCUCCCAUUGGUGACGACGAUGGCGGCUCGCAUCGGGAGCGGAGGCGGUCUCCACGCAGCGAGGACCGCGACCGGGAGUCCAGACAUCAUCACCGGCAUCACCACCACCACCACCGCCACCGCCACCGGGGCGACAAAGACAAGGACCGCAGCAACAAGACCGCCGCUGCCGUUGAGCCUCUGCCUUACGAAGCCCGGCAGCUGUCCAAGUCGGAGCUCGGCGUCUUCCGGCCGCUACUGGCGUAUUACCUCGACCUGCAGAAGCAGAAGGACAUCCGCGACAUGGACGAGCGGGAAGUCCGGGGCCGGUGGAAGAGUUUCGUGGGGAAAUGGAACCGCGGGGAGCUGAGCCAGGGGUGGUACGAUCCCGAGAUGUUUGUGGCGGCCAAGGAGAGAGCCAUCGAGGAGGGCAUCGAUGGGCCCAGGGAGGAGGUGCGGCGCGACGACGUUGAGGUGGUGAAAGAGCAGAGGCAUGAUGGCUGGCGGGGCGAGGAAGACGAAGAGGGAGAGGAGGAGGACGACGACGACGAUCUUGGGCCAAGGCUCCCACCCACCGCCCGGGAAGGAGGCCAGCGCGCGGGCCCCGGAAUCCCGAGCAUGGCGGACCUGUCUCUUCACCGCGAGACGCUGGCCGAGGAGGCGCAGCUGGAGAGGGAGGCGCGGGCGGCUGACCUGCGGCAGCAGCGCAAGGACGACCGGAGGCUGCAGCGCGAGAGGCUGGACGAGGUGGCGCCCCGGGCGGAGGCCGGGACGCGCGAGAGGCAGCUGGAGAAGCGGGCGCUGGUGAACGACAAGAUGAAGGAGUUCCGGGACAAGGGCGGAGACGGCGGCGUGCCGGAGGUCGGGGAGCAGGAGCUCAUGGGGGGCGGGGACUCGCUGCAGGAGUUCAAGGCGAUGAAGGCGCGGGAGGAGAGGAAGAAGACGGAGAGGGAGCUGCGGCGGGAAGAGAUUGCGAGGGCGAGGGAGGCGGAGCGGGAAGCGCGGGUGAGGGAGUACCGGGAGCGGGAGGAGGGGGUCAUGAAGGGGCUGCGGGAGCUGGCGAAGCAGAGGUUCGGGUGA